AAAAGACACAACUAUCCUUAACUUACCCUUAUGGCCUUAUCAUCAUCGUGACAGCCUCCAGUACCCCACAUCCUCCAUCGUUGCGCUCAUCGAAUGUCGCCUCCCACAAGCUGCUGGUAGCUCGAAUCUGUAAUCCCCUUUUCUUCCACCAUCUACAAUUGUUUUAAUACAUUGGUUCCAACUUCUGGUGCUUCUCCAGCUGAUCGAUUCCAUCGUUGCAAUUGAUUCGGAGCCUGCAAACAAUUUCUGCAACAGCAAAUAAGGUUUGCGACCUCAAUCAUCUCAACGACUGCCUCAUAUUUUUCCUCUUUGCCUCUGAAUUUUCCUUCAUAUGCGAUUUCAUCUUCUCAGCAUCAUUAGGUAUUAUCAAUUUCAUCUUCUUCUCUGUCAUCUUCUAAUUUUCUCAGCAAAUAACUUUUUUUUUCAAAUUGUUGCUGCGAUUUCAUUUAUUUUUUGGACGGAUUCUUUUGAGUUUUGACAUUAGCGAAUUGUGGAUGUUACACAAAGCAAUUAUCACUGCUAAUUGGGUAGAUUUGUCAAAGUGUAAUGCCUAAUAAGAAAAAAAAAUGAAAGUACAUAGCCCAUAUUGGUGAAAAGAGUAAAGUAGAUUAUUAUUUCCUGAAUCUAGGCUCUACAAUAUUGAACAUUUGAACUUCAGUUUUAAACAAAAAAAACAGGUAGAUAGAAAAAAGAAAAGAUGGUGUUUGCAACAGCCAUAAGUUCAUGUCCACAUCUUCAUUUCCCAAAGAGACUUUCUGCAACUCAAAAAAAGAUCAGAUGUUGUUCAACUAUCUCAUCAUCAAUCUCUACAACCUUUGACCUUAAAACUUAUUGGUCAACUUUAAGAGAAGAAAUUAAUCAGAAGCUUGAUGAAGCUAUACCUGUCCAAUACCCUAAUCAAAUCUAUGAAUCCAUGCGUUACUCUGUUCUUGCAAAAGGAGCAAAAAGAGCACCACCAGUUAUGUGUGUUGCCGCCUGUGAACUCCUUGGCGGCAACCGCCUUGCCGCCUUCCCCACCGCCUGUGCCCUUGAAAUGGUCCACGCGGCCUCUCUAAUCCAUGACGACUUACCAUGCAUGGAUGACGACCCAUCACGCCGUGGUCAACCCUCGAACCACACUGUCUUCGGUAUGGACAUGGCAAUCCUGGCGGGAGACGCCCUAUUCCCGCUAGGGUUCCGCCACAUCGUCUCUCACACCCCCACCAACCUCGUCCCCCAAACCCAACUCCUCCACGUCAUCACUGAAAUCGCCCGAGCAGUGGGGUCCACUGGCAUGGCUGCGGGUCAAUUCGUUGACCUCGAGGGCCCACCAAACACCGUAGAAUUCAUCCACGAAAAGAAAUACGGUGAGAUGGGCGAGUGCUCGGCGGUUUGUGGCGGUUUACUGGCGGGCGGUGAUGAUGAUGAGAUCCAACGGUUGAGAAGGUACGGGCGGGCGGUGGGGAUUUUGUAUCAAGUAGUGGAUGAUGUUUUGGAGGCAAAAGUGAAAGGGGAGGAGAAGACUGGGAAGAGUUAUGUGGCGGUUUAUGGUGUUGAUAGGGCGGUGGAAGUGGCGGAGGAGUUGCGGGCGGAGGCUAAGAGGGAGUUGGAGGGUUUUGAGAAGUAUGGUGACAAGGUUUUACCAUUAUAUAGUUUUGUUGAUUAUGCGGUUGAUAGAGGGUUUAGUUUUGCUGAUAAGGUUUGAUUCUGUUAAAUUUUGUAAUUUCUGUCAUGUUUUAGAUAUAGAGACUUUAGUUCUCUUAUAUAUUUUAGUUUUGUUUGGAAACGGAAAUAAAAAAGUAUUUUAGUCAAAAAAUGUGUUGUAUUUGGAUUACAUUGUGAUCUUUUUAUUUUACUUAAUGAUAAUAUGUGCAUAAAAG